AUGUCGCAGGUUCAUGGUCGACCAGGUGGCAAGCCUCGGCCCAUCGAUGAUGGCCGCUUCAGCGGGCACAACAAGAGCUGUUUCUCUGAGGAGACGAUCUAUACUUCGUCUCCCGACUUCGUGGCAGCUGCUUGCAAAGAGUGCAUCCGCCUUCUUACUCUUCAGGAGUCUGCGGAUGGGCCGCUCCCGCCCUGGGCGGAGCCACGCUUUGGCACUGAAGACAUGAAGGCGGCUUAUCGCCAACUGCCAAACUGUGAAGCCGACAAGCCUGCACUGCUUGUCGCGUACUGGGAUCAGGAUGCUGCGGACGUGAGGUACGCGUUGCUGCUUGCUCACCCUUUGGGCCUCAGCGUGGCGGUGCUCAACUUCAACCGUGUUCCGGCAUCAUGA